AUAUAUAUAUAUACUAUACGUGACAGGUGCGGGCGGUGUGUGGGUGCCUGACAGGAAUGCCUUCCACAGCAAAGCGCUAGCGGGACACAAAAUAAAGAGGCAGCGAGUCACCGUGCGUGAUUCGUCCCCUGAUCCGUCUACGACGUCGCUCCCCGCGUUGCCCCGAGACGUUCCUCGCUGCGCGGCGAUAUCCCGCUUCUCCCAACAUUUUCUCAAUGUGCAUCUCUGAGUUUGAGGUUACGCUGCCAGCCGCAAUCUGAAGCAAUCCGUAUCCCCCCCGAUAGGUAUGGUAGAGGAUAGAAAGUAUGAGAUCUCAAGCCGUAUCGAGUGCGACGGACAUCGAGGUACGUUGAAAUACGUCGGGCCCGUUGGAAACACCAAGGGAGAGUGGUUGGGUAUAGACUGGGACGACUCGACUCGUGGCAAGCACAAUGGCACGUACGAGGGCGUAGAGUACUUUCAAGCCAGACAUUCCACAUCGGGCUCUUUCAUACGACCGGGCAAAGCCAAGUUCGGGAUAUCUUGCCCGCAGGCCGUGAAAAUGCGCUAUGGUCUAAUCGACGACGAACUAGCCGGCAUAGACAGGGACGAGGUGUCGAGUUUAAGGAAGGAGAUCAACGCGCCGUUCUUGGAACUCGUCGGCUUCUCCAAAGUCAACAGGAAACAGAGCAAGUUCGACGAGCUGAAGGUAGUAUGGCUGAGGGAGCAGUGUGUAUCCGAUACGGGAGAGCCGCGGGAACUGGAAGGACUGUGUCCCAAUUUGGAGGAAUUGGAUUUGUCUAGAAACUUAAUAAACUCGUGGCAAAUCGUAGCGCACAUAUGUUGCCAGCUACGUUUUCUGACGCGUCUUAACGUCAGUGAGAACCAUCUGCCUGUAGAAGAUGUGACAGCAUUGAAAGAUUCGUUUCCAACAGUCAAGCAUUUAAUUAUAGCUAGAAUGAAUUAUAACUGGUCCGAUAUUCGGCAGUGUAUAUCCAUGUUUCCGGCGAUCGAAGAACUUUCAGUCUCCUUUAAUAUCGUGACGACCGUAGAGGACGUAACGGCAAAUGCUAAUUUAAUGAGAAUAAUUACAUUGAUACUCGAGGGAAAUUUAAUAUCAAGUUGGGAUGAGAUACUUAAACUAGGUUCCCUUCCAUGCUUAGAAUAUCUUAAUUUGAAUUUAAAUAAAAUAGAUAGAAUUAGAUUUCCAUCUUCAACAUCAACAGAUAAGACUGCCUUGUUUCCUAUGCUACGUCAACUACAUAUUUCGGAAAAUCUCAUAUCAGGGUGGCAGUCGAUUAGCGAACUAGAUAAAUUGUCAAAUCUAGAAGACUUGAAAUUCAGAGAAAAUCCCAUUUUGAAGAACGAAACUGCAGAGACUGCUCGACAGCUGAUAAUCGCAAGAAUAGCGAAACUGAAGGUCUUAAAUGGUACAGAGAUACCUCGUGAUGAGAGGAGAGGCGCCGAGUACGAUUACUUAAAACUAUAUUUACCAGUAUGGCUAGAAACCGAAAGUAAUUCAGAAAAGAGAGCGUCAUUCAUGAACGAACAUCCGCGAUAUCCUACUUUAGUCGGGAAAUACGGAAUUGCGGAUAUUCCCUCGGCCAAGCCGAAAGUAGAAAUGGUUUCCAAUGUGAUAACGGUGGAGUUUGUGUGUCCGAACGAUCCGCUUCAGCCUAGAGGGAUUAAGAGAAAGUUACUUAAAGAUAUGGAAGUUCAGAAAAUGAUUGGGCUUGCUCAAAGACUUUUUAAAACCGGUGGAAAGAUUCCAGCUCUUUCAUUUAUUCAACGGAAUUUAUCGAAUGACGAAAUCUCGUUGGACAAACCGCUGCAGGAACUUAGUUAUUAUUCAAUACAGGACGGUGAUCAGGUUCUUGUGAGAUGGUGAUAUCGAAGAAAUUAUAUUUAUAGAUACGACUGUAUUUUCUACGCUGUUAAAGUCCGCUCUAUGACUUUGUUAUUAAAAUUUUUUUAAUUGCA